AUGCCGUCUUCCCCGUCGUCGCCGCCGCCGCCGCCGCCGCCGUCGUCAGCGUCCGCGUCAGCGUCCUACGAGCAAACCCACGUCCACGCCGUCUACGAAGCAAUAGCCCCUCACUUCAGCGCGACGCGCCACAAGCCCUGGCCCCUGGUGCAGCGGUUCCUCACGGCCCUCCCCCCCGGCAGCAUCGGGCUCGACGUGGGCUGCGGCAACGGCAAAUACGUCCCCGUCAACCCGGCGCUGCACGUGCUCGCGUGCGACCGCUCCCCGUCCCUCGCGCGUCUCGCCCGCGCCGAGCGCGCCGCCGAGGUCCUCACCGCCGAGUGCCUCGCGCUCCCCUACCGCCCCGCGUCCGUCGACUUCGCCAUCUGCAUCGCCGUCGUGCACCACCUGUCGACGCGCGCGCGCCGCCGCGCCGCCCUCGCCCAGAUCCUGCGCUGCCUCGCGCCCCACGGCCGCGCCCUCGUCUACGCCUGGGCCCUCGAGCAGAGGUCCAGCCGCCGCGGCUGGGACGAGUCCUCGCGCCAGGACACCCUCGUGCCGUGGGUGACGCGCCGCGGCGGCCCCGGCCCCGACGAGACGCACCACCGCUACUACCACCUGUUCCGUGAGGGCGAGCUGGAGGAGGAUGUCGUCGCCGCCGGCGGGCAUGUCCGCGACGGGGGCUACGAGCGGGAUAACUGGUGGGUGGUUUUUGGCCACCCGCCGUCGCGGGAUAAAGAGUGA